GCAUUGCGUGGAUGCACCGUGUGAGGUGCACCGAUGCAGAUUCGAUCGGGCACAUUCGAUGAGUUUGGUGACGUGUGGGUUACGAUCAGCGAGUCUGCUGCCGGGAACUCUAACCGAGCGGACACGGUACCGAAGGAAGCAGGCCGUCGGACGAACCGGACCGGGAAUCAUGCUGGAAACGAACCAUCCGGGGACGACCCCAGGCGACACGGGUCCCGGAAGCUGCCGCGGAAGCAAUGUCGGAUCGUCGGUGCUGCAACCGUCCAACAGCCAGAACCACAUCAACAACAACAGCAGCAGCAACAACAACAACAGCAGCAGUAGCAACACCGACGAUAAUCCCAUCCCGGACGGGCUGCGCUGGAUCGAGCGGAUGGUGAUGGAGGCCGAACAGCAAUACCCCGGGGAACUGGUGCGCACCGAUAGUCCAUACUUCCUGUGUUCCGCCCUGCCGAACCAUUGGCGAUCGAACAAAACGCUCCCGAGUGCGUUUAAGGUGAUCUCGCUCGGGGACGUAAGCGACGGUACGAUGGUCACUAUCCGGGCCGGCAACGAUGAGAACUUCUGUGCCGAGCUACGCAACUGUACGGCGGUGAUGCGCAAUCAGGUGGCCAAAUUCAACGAUCUCCGGUUUGUGGGCCGCAGUGGACGAGGGAAAAGUUUUACGCUUACUAUUACGAUCUGCACGACGCUACCCCAGGUCACCACGUACUGCAAGGCGAUAAAGGUGACGGUGGACGGCCCGCGGGAACCACGAUCGAAGACGAAUACACCACAGAUGCGUCCACCACCGUUGCAUCGGUUUUUGGAGCAGCCCGCGUUCAACCAUCAUCACUACCCCGGUCGACCGUCAUCCUUCGGUGGUGGUGGCGGUGGUGUUGUUGGCGGUGGUAACAACGGGCUCGGCAGUAACGGCAUCGGCACUGGGACGGGCACUGGUAGCAUAGGCGCCGGUGCCGGUAGCGGUGGAACCGGUCUCGGGAGCGGAAACGGCAAAUCCUCUUCUGUCAACUACAGCAACAACGGCACCAGCAGUACCGGUAGCACGAGUCUUCAUUCGCAUCACCAUCACCAUCAUCAUCAUCUUCAGCAUGGGGCUGUGGGCGGUGCAGGUGCGGGCACGGGUGGCAAUAUGACCAUCAAUACCAGUGCCGAAUCGAGCAGUGAUUACAAACCUAAUCUCGCGCUUUCAGACUAUUCCAAUGCUCCCGACUGGUCGAAUGGGUUGGGAGCGCCUUCGAGCACGUCCUACAUGAACACCUUCUCACCACUGCAGGCCAGUCCUCCGUCGUACGUGGCGUACGACUCCUGCCCGAUGGUGGAUCACCCCAAUUACAGUCUGACGGCGUCCGGAGUCGUUUUAGAUAAUAUUCAACCAUACCAAGACUACUACGGACUUUCGGGACCACCUCCACCACCGAUAGCGCCAGUAGCUCCGGUGGCACCUUCCGUCAACUCACAAACCCAACUCGGUGCCCAGCUCACCACUGGAGGCAGUUCGUACGUGGCCAAAGCGGGAGAUCUGGUGGAGGCAAGCUCCUAUCCCUCCUACCCACACCACACCCAGUGGACGAAUGGGUAUCACGGUAGCUAUCAUCAUCACCAGUACAACCAUCCAUCGGUGGCCACAGCUGCCGGGUGCGCUUCAUCCCUUGCUGCCGUAGCCACACAACCUCCGGCCAGCUUCCAUACACCGGCCGCUCCACCACCACCCCCACCACCGAUGGUGCUCUGUCCGCAGAUGUUCAGCACAGUCAAUCAGAACCAAAUCCACGUGCAUCUGCACGGAUCGGGAAGCGAAAAGUUCGAACACUACUUCGGUGCAGCGGACAAUGGUUUCACGAUUAAUUCGUUUCCCGGGCCAAGCAUUCGAUCAGUGCCGGCACCGGUUGCGUCCUCGCUGUCUGGCUCGUCCGUAGACAUUGGCGGAAUCGGUGCGCACCAUCAGGACAGUGGGCCAGUGGCCACGAACGAUACGCUUACCGCGCUACUUUCGGCCCAUCACGAGGACGGACAUCAGCAGCAUUCGGGCGGUGGUCAAGACCAGCAGCAGCAGCAGCAGCAGCAGCAGCAGGGGCAGCAGGAUGAAGCUCGGGGCGAAGAAACCGGUGUGUCCGGAGAUCCGAGCAGCGUGUGGCGACCUUAUUGA